UGUGUCAACAGUUGCCCGACAUACACAGGUUACGUGCCCUCGCCACUUCCUUAUUGCUCCGCUGGUUUUCUCAGCUCUCACAUUAGUGUUUUGUUUCAUCGGUCUUCAUCUGGUCGCUCUGCUCACACAUGCAACAUGUGGACCUCAGAACAGAGGAAAAAGUACUCCAACUCCAAUUACAUCAUGCAUGAGACGUCACAGUAUCAUGUCGAGCAUCUCUCCACGUUCAUCAUGGACAAGACAGAGUCCAUUACCACAGUGGACGAUGCCAUCAAGAAAUUGGUCCUUCUGGACACAAAAGACAAAAUCUGGACCCAGGAGAUGCUCCUGCAGGUCACCGACAAGGCGGUCAGGCUGUUGGACUGUGACACACAGGAGGAGUUGGAGAACUUCCCUCUCUCCACCAUCCACAUGAGUCAGACGGUGCUCAACCAGACACGCUAUCCCUCCGUGCUGCUGCUGGUGUGUCAGGACAAGGAGCAACACAAACCCGACAUCCACUUCUUCCACUGUGACGAGGUGGAGGCAGAGAUGGUUCAUGCAGAUAUAGAUAGUGCCAUUGGAGACAACAAGCAUGGGAAGAAAAUGAGGCUUCAGACACUGAAGGUGAAUCAGGAGAAAAUGAAGCGUCACAGAGAAACAAUCCUCCCUCCAUCGGCCCCUAAAGGCCCCUCGCCAGCUGGGAGGGGACGAGUGGCAGCCCCAAACACAAUAGAUAGACGAGCCUCCGGACAAAAUGACGGAGAGUCACAUGAAAAGCUGGCCCAGCGCAUUGAGAAGGAUGUGCAAAUCCUCAACUGUGCCCUGGAUGACAUCGAGAUCUUUGUGGCGCGGCUGCAAAAGGCCGCAGAGGCCUUUUCUCAGCUCAGCAAUCGCAACAAGAGUAAGAAGAAUAAGAAGAAAGGACCAGCAGAGGGCAUGCUGACCCUGCGAGCCAAGCCCCCCUCCGAAGGAGAGUUCCUUGACAGCCUGCAGAAACUGAAGCUGGCCUUCAACCUCUUGGCCAAACUGAAGAAACAUAUACAGAAUCCAAGCGCGUCUGAGCUGGUUCAUUUCCUCUUCGGCCCGCUGGAGCUGGUGCUGCAGAGCUGUGGAAGUCCUGAACUGGUGCGUUCAGUAAUCUCCCCUCACCUCUCCAGAGACGCUGUGGACUUCCUGCGGGGACACCUCAGCCCUAAAGAGAUGACCAUCUUCGAGCUGCUGGGGGACGGAUGGACCAAACCCAGAGCAGAGUGGCCCAGGGAUCAGUGCGCUCCUCCUUAUUACCCAAAAUUUCGUAACGGCUGGGAGCCACCGGCAGAGCUCUUUAGGACGGCUCCGUGGGAAACAGAAGGCCUCAACACGGGGCCAUUGGCGAGUCCCAUCAGCCCUGAUUACAGGAAACACUCUGCUGAGGACUUUUACGGAACUCAUUCCUCGAGCUCUUCAAAUGGGUCUUACAACGGGAUGCCCCCCUCCCGCAAAUAUGCCAAAAUUCGCUACCACUUUGUAGCAAGGAAUGCCAACGAGCUGUCAGUGUUGCAGGAUGAAAUCCUUGAGGUGAUCGAGGACGACAAACAGUGGUGGAAACUACGGAAUCGCAGCGGACAGGCCGGCUACGUCCCGUUCAACAUCCUGGACGUGGUGAAGAUAGAGGAGCCAGAGGGCGUCUUCAGCCAGCACGGUUACAGGACGUCACCUCCUGGUACUCUGAGCCCUGGAGACAGCUUCAACAAGGGCAGACCCAAAGACAAGAUGAUGGAUGAGGUCAACAAUGAGUUAUUGAUGAUGAUCACCGCAAACAAAGCCCAGCCACCCAGGAAGAUCCGCGUGGAGCGAUCAGCCGGCAGCAACGUACCGCUCACCUUCGACUCAAACGCAGAGCAGGUGACCACAUGGCUCACUGCGAAAGGUUUCUCGAAACCGACGGUUGAAUGUUUGGGGAUCCUGACCGGAGCUCAGCUGUUCUCCCUCAACAAGGAAGAACUGAAGGCGGUGUGUGGAGACGAAGGCAGCCGUGUGUACUGUCAGGUCACCGUGCAGAAAGGACAGCUGGAGAAGAGCAGCGGAGACUCUGAGCUGCAGGAGAUCAUGAAGCGGAGGCAGGAGAGGAUCGAAUCCGGCAGCAAAGACUGAACCAGCGCGAAACCACCCAGGCACGUUGGGUCUGAUCACCGCUCUUAAAAUUAAUCCAAAGUCGUACAUACUGACAUGUUGUAUACAUUUUUAAUUGUAUAUUUAUUUUGUAUCACCCAAUGUGUAUGCAUUCAAGUGUUUUUUUCUUAUCUAAUUAUGUCGUCUUUGUUUUCAUUGUCUCAUCAGAUUUUGUUGCUGUUUGCAAAGAGGAACAUACAGUAUAGAUCUAUGUACAGUUUUGUGUGUGUGUGUGUGCGUGCGCGCGCAUGUGAAAGCAUGUAACGUACGAACAGGUGUGGUCGACGUUUAUGCUCAUUGUCAAUACUGCAGCUGUUUACUGAAUGAUUUGGUGAAUAAGCAGAUAUUAGUCAUUGCUUAUCUAAAUUUGUGCCAGAAUGUUUGGACACAUUUUCUGAUAUACAGCCAAUUAUUUCCACAUUACUGUUUACAGGUUUACUGAAUAAGAAAACUCUCUCUGUGUUAAGUCGUCCUAGCAGGCAUCAGAAGUCGUCUCAUUCUGGUCGGUAACUGGUUGAUUUGCAUCUCGCACCCAAAAAAUUAAACUCUCAAUAAUCCUGCAUGUAGAUAUUGUCCGGUAACGGUGAGCUGCUGUCAUUGAAUGUGUUUUUUAUGCAGCAUGAUGUUUUGACAUUUCGACCUGCAGACAAACGGGAACACUAAUGGAAUACAUGAGAUUAUGUGUCGUGAACAAUUACUAAAUGAAGAUUUCCGAGAACAUUCAACGGGGGUUGUAAAUAUGAUGGGACAUACUGUUAAAAAAAGAAUAUAAUUAAAAAAAUAAUAAACUCA